AUGUCGUUGCAACCCGAUAUGAACAGUCUGCUGCACAACAUGCGUGCACAGAUUCAGGCAUUGACAAAUCAGCUAACCGACAUUCAGGCUGCCCCAGCAGCAAAACCUAUGGUGGAGCGAAAGUUCAACAAGAAAGUCACUAUCGUUGCUGACCCCGGCGCUUUUGAAGGAGAUAGGGCUCAAUUUGCCCAAUGCAACAGCAGCACUAUCAUGUCUGAAAGGACCUGUGGCGGGUUGAUAUGCCCAAUAGAGCUGCUAGAACGCAAUGUGAACCCCCGCAUUGCCAAACAGAUCUAUCUGCAGGAUACACGAAGUGACAACCUGGCCCUGGCGGCUGAGGAAGUUUGCCGAGUCAGUAGAGCCCUGGAGCUCUAUGUAAUGUAUCAAGGUGGCGGGCCCACCACCAAAAACAACGAAUCCCAGAGGCGCCUUGGGUCAUCAAACCACCAUAAUCACUCUCACAGGUUCAAGCCAUUCAGGCUGCAGCCAGGACAGGAUGCUCCUAUGGAUAUCGGCACAGUCCAAGGUGGACAGAUGCGCAGAUUCAAGGGCAACUGUUACAACUGUGGCCAAGAGGGACACAUGUCCAGAGAUUGCAGAAACUCGUCUUCCUUGGAGUGUGGCCCUAGCGGGACAAACACUAGGGUACUUGAUUCUGGUAAAAAUAAAAAUAAAAAUCUAGAAAAUCAUAAAGUAGAAAAACAUGUUUCUCUUGAUAUUUCUUCUUCUUUUUCAGAGCCACUUUCCACAGAAAUCCCAAGGCAUAUUUUGAUGCACACAUAUGUAUUCCAAAAGGAGAUCUGUUUAGAUGUUGGUGUGGAAAACCUUGCCCGGGGCAUAAUACACCCAACCAGUGCACCGCUUGAUUCAGGCGCUAAUGGAAUCUUCAUAGAUCAGGUCUGGGCAGAGCAAAUUGGACUCCCCUUCUAA